AUGUCUUCUUCGCAAACUGCUCUUGUUGUUGGUCUUGGUGGUGUCACUAGUGGUGGUAAGACAACAAUGUGUCAGUUUCUUGAAGAUCUAUUUUCUUCAAAUAAAUACAAUCUUAAUAUAAAAUCAUUACAUAUCGAUGAUUAUUUUCGUUCAAAUGAUGAUCCACAUCAUAUACAUCUGGACAAAUUUAAUCAUCAUGAUUGGGAUUGUUUAAAUGCACUUGAUAUAGAUCGAUUUAUUCAAGAUUUUCAAUCUACUCGUUUGAUAUGUGAUAUUUUAUUAAUUGAAGGUUUUCUUAUAUUUAACAUAGUAUCUUCAUCAAAAGAUGAUUAUAGAUAUGAUUUAGCUUAUUAUUUUGAUUUACCAUAUGAAGAAUGUCGCAAACGACGAUACGAACGAAAUUAUGAUCCACCAGAUCCAGAAGGUUACUUUGAAGAACAUGUUUGGGAUGCUUAUAUUAAAGCAAAGAAAGAAGCAUUCGAACAAAAUAAAGAUGUAAGAUUGGAAAUUGUCGAUACAACUAAAACAUCAUUUGAAAAAAUUCAAGAAAAAAUUAUUAAAGAUAUUGAAAUAGCUUUAAAACGGUGUUCAAAGACAUGA